CGUCUCCAGCUCGGGAGAAAUGGCGGACAUGGAUGAAUUGUUCGGCAGUGAUGGAGACAGCGACAACGAACAGAGAGAAUCUGGUUCUGGAUCCGGUUCAGAGUCGGAGCAGGAGAGACCUCGAUCGGCCAGCGAUGUGUCAGGCAGCGGCAGUGACAGUCCGCGGGAACGAGAUGAUGAUGAGGAAGAGGGUCAAGAGAAUGGAAAGCCCAGCAUGAAUAAGGAACUGUUUGGAGAUGACAGUGAGGAUGAUCAACACAGUCAACACAGCCAACACAGUCAACACAGUCAACACAGUGGCAGCGACAACCAGUCUGAGCGCUCGGGGAACCAGUCGGAUGCCAGCAUGCACUCUGACCAGGGGGAAAAUGAUCACUCUGAUGUAGAGCAGCACAGCGGAUCAGAGCGCGACCAGCGAGACGAAGAGGAUGAUGAUGAUGAUGGGGGCCAUCGGUCAGAAGGAGGAAGUCCAGUGGGCAGCGUGAUCUCUGGUGCUGGAAGCCCUCAUUCUGAGAGGGGCAGCAUUCGCUCAGACAGAAGUUUACGCAGCGAUCCAGGGACGCCACAGUCGGGACAAGUCACGCCUCAAACUGACGGGGAAGCCUCUGGCAGGGAGAACCAAUCAGAUGAUGAGAAGUGGGAAGGAGGGGCUAAGAGCGACCAAUCAGAGGACGAGGAGGAGAAACGUCACUAUUCUGAUGAAGAGAGGGAGAACUCUGAUGAUGAAGGGCCAAGAAACAGGAAGUCAGACUCUGCAAAGGGCAGUGAUAGUGACGAUGACAUCAUCAGACAUAAGCCCAAAGCAAAAGCUGCCUCUGAUUCAGAUUCAGACAGUGACAUUGGAACAUCAAAAAAGAAAACUGCAGCGGACGAUCUGUUCGGAGAAGCAGACGACAUCUCUUCAGACAGCGAUGCAGAGAAACCUCCGACUCCUGGACAGCCUCUGGAUGGAGAGGAUGGCAUGGACGGAGAGCAUGCAGAAGAGGAGCCUGCCCCUGAAACUCGCAUUGAAGUAGAGAUCCCAAAGGUCAGCACAGACCUGGGAUCUGAGCUUUAUUUUGUCAAGCUGCCCAACUUCCUGUCGGUGGAGCCCAGACCCUUUGAUCCCCAGUACUAUGAGGAUGAAUUUGAGGAUGAAGAAAUGCUGGAUGAAGAGGGGCGCACCAGGCUCAAAUUAAAGGUGGAAAACACUAUCCGGUGGAGAGCCAAGAGAGACGAGGAGGGAACUGAAUCGCGAGAGAGCAAUGCGCGUAUUGUCAAAUGGUCUGAUGGCAGCAUGUCCCUCCACCUGGGGAACGAAGUGUUUGAUGUUUACAAAGCUCCUCUCCAGGGAGACCACAACCACCUGUUCAUCCGACAGGGCACCGGGCUGCAGGGACAGGCUGUUUUCAAAACCAAACUCACAUUCAGGCCCCACUCAACAGACAGCGCCACCCACAGGAAGAUGACGCUCUCCCUGGCUGACCGCUGCUCAAAGACGCAGAAAAUCAGAAUACUUCCCAUGGCUGGGAGGGAUCCCGAGUCGCAUCGCAACGAAAUGAUCAAAAAAGAGGAGGAGCGGUUGCGAGCUUCAAUCCGCAGGGAGUCCCAGCAGAGGAGGAUGAGGGAGAGGCAGCACCAGAGGGGCUUGAGCAGCAGCUACCUGGAGCCCGACCGCUAUGAUGACGAGGAAGAGGGCGAGGAAGCCAUCAGCCUGGCAGCCAUUAAGAGCAAAUAUAAGGGAGGUGGAGGCCUUAGAGAGGAGCGAGCGAGGAUCUACUCAUCAGACAGCGAUGAAGGCUCUGAUGACGAUAAAGCUCAGAGGCUGAUGAAAGCCAAGAAGUUGGACAGUGAUGAGGAGGGCGAGGGAUCAGGCAAAAGGAAAGCUGAAGAUGAUGAUGAUGAAGAAAUGGCCACCAAAAAGGCUAAGAAAUAUGUCAUCAGCGACGAUGAGGAAGAGGAGGAGGAGGGGGAGGCAGAGGUGGAGGCGGAGGGAGAGGCAGAGGCGGAGGGAGACGGGGAGAGGGAGGUGGAGGAGGAUGAGGAUGAGGAUGAUGAUGAAUAAUUUACCCUUUUUUUUUUCUUUUCUUUUGUAAUCAUUCCACUGUAUUAUCAGUGCACAGCCCACAUGGCAUUUAAACAGCCAUAUUUUGUUUUGUAUAUUUUCCUAUGAGCUGUGUGUGGGUGAUUGUGUGUUUGCUUGUUUAUGUUGUGUACAGCAGAGGUGAGAAAUAAAGAAACUGUUGUCUUACGUAA